AUGCCAAUCAAAUACAUCAAGGGCGACUUGUUUAGCCAUACAGCCCGUAAACCGUGUAUACUAGCACACGCUUGCAACACUGGCGGAAGCUGGGGCGGCGGGAUCGCAGCUGUGUUUAGACGCAAGUUUCCUCACGCUAAUCAACAGUACAGCGAAUACUGCCACGGGAAUCGAAACUUGCUCGGAACCUCGUUGUUGUUGAAAGGUGAUGAUUUUGACAAGAAUAGGAUCUACAUUGCCUGUUUGUUCACCAGUGACUUUCAGCAGACACCAGAGGAGAUUGUGGCGCUCACGGAUGAGGCAGUGCAUGAUCUCGUUGGUCAAUUAAAGGCAAUCGACGUUGAAACAGACAACGGCAAAGCUGUCAUCAACAUGCCAAAGAUCAACGCGGGGAUAUUCGGAGUGCCAUGGCAAGACACCGAAGCAGUUCUUGCAAAGUAUACAGACUUGCAGAUCAAUGUAUACGUCAUGGACUAA